AGAGCGGUGCAACAGCACAAACACACAGGCUUUCGCUCAGCUCGGAGCGCAGAAGAGAUUCUACCCACAUCAUCUGGCGGCGUGUCCGGGACGGGGAGAGCCAGCUGGUGGGAGGGGAGAUCGGCACUGCCUGCAGUGAGCCCCGGGGGUGUCGGGCAGCUCCCCGUACCUGACUACUGACAGCUGCGAUUCAAACCCGCUCGCCGACGCUGGUGAAGGCGGGACGUGGGGAGGGGAGGGAGGGGGGUCACAGCAGAGUGCAGCAGGAGCAGGGUCACCCCUCCCACUCUGCCCCCGCUGUCCCGAUAACUGUAGGUGCUGGGCGAUGGCAGCCCCCCUGCAGCCCGGCGCUAAGUUUGAUGCCCGUGGUCUCUGCAGCGCGGACGGAGGGCAGCGGCUACAGCCGAGGGCGCUCUACAAGUGAACAUUCCCAGGGUCUCUCCUCCUGAUGACUUGGAGAAGCAUUUCAGCACCGGGAGCUUGAGACAUUCUGAGCGGGACGACAGCGACAGUGCAGGGGCAGGUCUGGAUAACCCGGGCUAAAGGGCCUUGCUGCUGUGACAUGCUCUAAGAUGAAGGUAUGGAAGGUAGUGGUGAUCGCCUCAAUGCUCCUCAGUACCAUAUUUUCAGCCCUUAUUUACAGAAACGUGUCCAUUAGAGGGAGAACAAUGACUCCAUCCUCAUCAGAAGAGCUUCAGCCCCAGGACCCAAGACUGCCACCCAGCCCCCAGACUUACAAAGUGAAAUAUAAAAACAUGUUUAAAACCCACACAGAUGAAGAGGCCAGAGAGCUGGUUAGAGCCUUGAUUCAAAGGUACAGAAGGUCACCUGACUGGAGACGUAAAACUCGGACUCAUUCGCGACCAGCUAUAAGAAGUAAACGAGCGAAGUCAAGAGCAACCAAAGGGUGUACACUGAAAGAAAUCAAUGUGACUAUCAGUGACCUGGGAAUCUCCCAGAUCUCGGAGGAAGUAGUGCGUUUCAGAUACUGCACUGGGUCCUGUGAUGCUGAAAAGAAAUUCUAUGACUUGACUCUGAAAAACUUAAGAAAUUCUAAGCUUAUUAAAAAAGAGGUCAGAGCCCGGCCAUGCUGUCGGCCGACCAUGUAUGAUGAUGAUGUUUCGUUCCUGGAUGUUAACUUCCGAUAUCAUACACUUCGACAGCUCUCAGCAAAGGAAUGUGGCUGUGUCUGAAGGAUUGUCUAUGCAUUGAGAAUGUGUAAAUCCCUUCUUUGAAAGAGCAGGACAUUUCAGACCUUGUUAGGCUCCGGGUCCUGCUUAGAAUAUGGUUUCUUGGCAAGAUUUCAAUGGAAGGAGAUGAGUAUCUUGAAGACAGGGGGAUGUUAUCAAUUUUUAUUCCCUGUUAAGGUUAAGAUUUACAGUGCAUAAAGAAGACUCAAGUGCAUCAAAGACAUUUUCAGCAAAUUUGUGUUUGCCAUGUCAGGUGGCAUUCGUAUAUCUAACUGCACGGUGAAGUACACACCUACGGCCAGACAUCAUGAGGGAAUGUGGUUUCUGUUCUGCAACUGACUCUCUAGAACUUUUCACUAGCAUCAUUGGAUUCUAUACUGCAGGAUGUAAUCCAAGGGUCACACUCAGUGCAAAUGGAAUAUAUUUUGAAUAAAUUCACCGCUAACCUCAUUCCUCCCUCAAUCUCAUUUUUCCUCUCUGGCUCUCCUGGCUCUGUCCCUCUCUCUCUCUCUCUCUCUCUCUCUCUCUCUCUCUCUCUCUCUCUCUAUCCCCCUCUCUUGCUCUCUGUUUGACUGUCCCUCUUCCUCUCCUUCUCCUUCUCCCUCUCCGUCUCCUUCUCCCUCUCCCUCCCUCCCUCCCUCCCCCUCUCUCUUUCUCUCUCUCUCUCUCCCUCAUACCCCUCUCUCACUCCCCAUUUGUCUCUGUCCCUCUCUCUCUGUUUGUCUGUCUGUCCCUUUCUCUCUCUGUCAUACUCAACGGAACCAAUUCUCAUUCAACUGGCCACUGGUGCAGAUCUCGGAGAAAUCCUUCUUGGAACUUGUUGGAAAGAACUGUAAUGCUCUCAUUUGGUCUGUGUGAGAGUGAGUGGAGUGACUGAUAGCAAUAAGCAGGCACAUGUAAAUCAUAAUGACCUUAAUCCCAUUGUUUUGAGGAUUAAAUCAAGAACAUUAUCAAAGGAUUGUACUGGGUCGCAAUAGCACUGUUGCAUUGCUAGUCAGCUAAACCCCGUUAAAAAGGUUAAAACCAAAGUCUAUUAACUUUUAGUGAAUGUCGGAUGUAAAUUCCACCAAGUUAUCAUUUUCCGGAGGCACAAAUGUGUGCUUGAAAUUCAGAAUUCUACAACGUUACCUGAUGAGAUAAUGUCAGAUUAUACAUAAUAUGAGACAAAAGCAGUAGAUACACAACAGUAACCUUAAUACAUCUUGUCUUUCAUUCACAUCACCUUUCUUGGUCCUAUUAUUUAGGUAGUUUUCAUUAUCCAUCUCCACUGCCCUAGUUCCUGUCAUCCUACUAGUUUGAUUUUCUUAAUCACCAUUGUGCUUUGUAUAAGUGAUGUUAAUAAUGAAAAUGUUAAUGCGCUGUUCUGGAAUGUAUUUGUGUUCUGUUUUAUUGUUAGCAUGAGAGGGUCAGAGAAACAGCCAAAGAAAUGUAAUGUCAGCGUUAAUUUUCAUUAUUAAUAGCAUAUGGGUUAGGUUUAACCCAGUCAUUUUAUGCAAAGGUAAUGAACUGUAGAUUGAUCUGAUGAAGAGGGCUUCUGGCAGCUAUUUGCUCCCCACAAGGCAGGGAGAAGGCAUGAGGAAAAAAUGCUUUCAGAAUCUGUGCAAAACUUUCUAAGAUCUGCAGUCUAGAACUUGAAUCAGUACUCCAUACAAAACAUCUAACUUAUUCCUCCUGGCAUUAAUAUCAAUGUGGCUCCUUUGUGUUAUUGUUCAUGUGUGAUAUUACUACAGACAGAAGCUCAUUUUCCACCUCCCUCCUUCCAUCCCUCCCCCCCAACCAGUGUUGGAAAAGAUAUUUCUCACUUGUUGCUUACUAGUACCUGUACAACUGACACUGAUGCCAACAUUGAUGUGGUACUAGAACUCUCCAAACCACUGCUGCUACACAUGUGCCAGUAACAAUGCUUGUUCCCCAUAGCUACAGCUUCAAAGGAAAGGGGAAAAACCUCCAUGAAAGAAUAAUUGUAUAUGACCAUGGUAGAGAGGAGACAUAGUCUCAGUUAUUAUUGAUGCAUUAUGCAUUACCAGGAUGGUAGAAGCCAACAGAUGUUAAUCCUAUAUGGGCCAGCAGUUCCAGAAUUACAAGGUUGAUAUGAAAUCCCAGAAACUUGAUCAACAAGUCCUAACUGUUUCCCAGGCUUACCAGAGUUAAUAUUAAACUGUUUGAUCUUGUGCCAACUGUCUUCCUACAGAAUCACAUUCACAUUAACUGGCACAAAAGGGUCAUUGCAGAAGUUUGAACACCGAACGUUACGGCACAGGACAGACCCUUUGGCCGACCUUUUAAUCUACUCUGAGAUCAAUCAAAUCCCUCCCUCCAUUUUCCUACAUCCAUGUGUCUAUCUAAGAGUUUCUCAAGUGCUCCUGAGUUCUAAUAUUCAUGACAUUUAUUUUGAAGUACAAAAUUAACCAAUUAACAUGGCACGCCCAUUUAUUGUUUAACUUUAAUUUAUCUUCAGCGGCUUCCCAGGCAAAUUGUAAAUACUUCAGGGCUCUUUACCAGACUGAAGUCUAUGAUGUUGUUACUUGUGAAUAGAUUUUGAUAUGUGUAGUUAGUGACAUCAAACUCACACUCCUCCCCUCCCCAUUGCCAGCCCCCUGUCUCUCUCUCUCUCACACACACACACACACACACACACACACACACACACACACACACACACACACACAUACACACACACACACACACACACACACACACACAGACACACACACACACACACACACACACA